GCCUCCCGUCGCUCGCUUGCAAGAGGGCUGGAUGGUUACACCGGGCAGGUUGGUUCCAUAAUGUUAGGGACUGUGAAAAUGGAAGGGCAUGAGACCAGCGACUGGAACAGCUACUACACCGACACGCAGGAGGCCUAUUCCUCGGUGCCCGUGAGCAACAUGAACUCGGGGCUGGGCUCCAUGAACACCAUGAACACCUACAUGAGUAUGAACACCAUGACGACCAGCGGCAACAUGACCUCCGGCUCCUUCAACAUGUCCUACGCCAACACGGGGCUGGGAGCCGGGCUGAGCCCCGGCGCGGUGGCCGCCAUGCCGACGGGCUCUGCGGGCUCAGUGAACGGGAUGGCGGCCGGCGUGGCGGCCAUGGGCGCGGCGCUGAGCCCCGGCGGGCUGGGCGCCAUGUCGGGGCAGCCGGCCGCCAUGAACGGGCUGGGCCCCUACGGCGGCAUGAACCCCUGCGUCAGCCCCAUGGCCUACUCGCAGUCCAACCUCGGCCGCACGCGGGACGCCAAGAGCUUCAAGCGGAGCUACCCGCACGCCAAGCCGCCCUACUCGUACAUCUCGCUCAUCACCAUGGCCAUCCAGCAGGCGCCCAGCAAGAUGCUGACGCUGAGCGAGAUCUACCAGUGGAUCAUGGACCUCUUCCCCUACUACCGGCAGAACCAGCAGCGCUGGCAGAACAGCAUCCGCCACUCGCUCUCCUUCAACGACUGCUUCGUCAAGGUGGCCCGCUCCCCCGAUAAGCCCGGCAAGGGCUCCUACUGGACCCUGCACCCUGACUCCGGCAACAUGUUCGAGAACGGCUGCUACCUCCGCCGCCAGAAGCGCUUCAAGUGCGAGAAGCCGGCGGGCGGCAAGGCCCCGUCGGAGGGCCGCAAGGACCAGACGUCCGCCUCGGGCUCCGGCUCUCCCCUGCCCCGCGCCCACGGCAAAACGGCGCCGCCCGACGCCGCCGCCCCCCUGCCCGGCCCCAACCCGGACGCCAGCCCCCAGCCCAUGGACCACAGCGGCCCGAACGCCGAGCUGAAGCCCUCGGCCCCGGCCGCCGCCUCCUCGCUCGGCUCCGUGCCCGCCCUGGCCUCCGUCCCGCACCCCCCGCACUCCCUGGCCCACGAACCCCAGCUGCACCUCAAAGGGGACCCCCACUACUCCUUCAACCACCCGUUCUCCAUCAACAACCUCAUGUCCUCCUCGGAGCAGCAGCACAAGCUGGACUUCAAAGCCUACGAGCAGGCGCUGCAGUACUCCUCGUACGGGGCUGCCAUCCCCAGCGGGCUGCCCCUGGGCAGCGGCUCCAUGGCGGCCCGCGGCAGCAUCGAGCCCUCGGCGCUGGAGCCCUCCUACUACCAGGGGGUGUACUCCAGACCCGUGCUCAACACCUCGUAGCUCGCUGUCUUGGGGCGCACGCCGUGCACAGGACUGUUACUUCCCGAUGGCCGUGCGCUAUCCCUGUCCCGCAGCCCCCCCGCUGUACAUAUCCCCCGCACCCCAUAGGGUGUCAUUGAAAAGGAGAAAAAUGGGUGAGCUUGUAAACUACUCGUUGUGCUUUCCGCCCCCCGCCCCGCUCUAUAAUCUCAUGUAAGUUUACAGGUAUGUGGCAAUACUUUACCAAUACGGAGAUGAAGAAGCGAGUAGAGGUUUAAGGCUUUUUUUUUUUUUUUUUUUUUUUUUAAUUAAAAAGGCUUUGAAGGACAAUACUGCUGUGAAGUAGCAACACACUAAGAGAAUCUCUAAGCAACAAGAGGACUGUUUGCUCUCUCGGAUCAUCCUUUUGAUACUUGCAAAACAAACCUCCGGCUCGGACAGCCGCACCCCGCACCCGGCCCAGCUGCAGCCCGGGGACGGGACAGAUUCCCCCUCUCCCCCCCCAUUUUUUUUCCAAGUGUUACCUGUCUUGGGAUGUAAUAUAACGUUACAAGAGGUCACAGCCAGUUGGAUUUUUUUCCUUCCCAUCUGUUACUGAAGGUUCUCGUUCCUCAGGCACUCUCGCCGACGUGUGGAUGACAUGCUUAUUUAAUUUAACGUCUCUUCGUCGCGUACCAGCGGAGCUUUGGACUGAAAACAAGGUUAUCCCCUUCCCGGGAGGCGCUGACCCUCACACCAGCGCCAGGAACAGAGGAGAGCCCUUCCUCUCCCCUUUCCCACCUCGUUCAAUACAUUACACACCCAUCAUUUUUGUGGCCGUUUAAUUAUCGCCGUCAUUAGCUUGUUUCAUCCAGUGUUAAUGCACUUUCCACAGUUUUACACGGUGUUAGCAUAGCCAGACGGGUUUUAUUAUUAUUCCUGUUCGCUGUCUCAAUGUCCUUAAUUUAUUGCAUGGUUUAUAUUUUUUUUUCUUUCUUUACAGCUGGAAAUUGCUUUAAAUGACAGUAAAAAGAAUUACACGUGAAUUUAAGAAUUUUUGUUAAUUUUAUAAAUGUGAUUGUAAUUGAAAAAAUAUUUUGAUUUAAAACGAUAACUGAGAAUUUAACGCGUGAAGUAUGGUUUUUGAUCAUUUGCAGUUAAGGACUUUAAAUAAAUCAAAUGUUAACAAUGAA